AUGUGCAGAACUAUGGUCUUUACCUUCAGUCGUAAGAUUUCUGUUAAUUUCCAGCUUGUGCUGAGACUUGCACAAGGCAUUGCCUUCUUGGUGGCUUUAGCUGUCGUAACCGUAGGGGUUGUACUCACAGACUUGUCAGUGACAGACAUAUUCGCUAGUGUAUUAGCCCUUAUACCAACUGGAUGGGGAAUCCUCUCUAUUGCGUGCGCUUGGAAGCCAAUCAUAAAGCGAAUUGGGAUGUGGAAGUCAAUCCGUUCACUAGCAAGGCUCUAUGAUGCAGGAAUGGGAAUGCUCAUAUUCCUUCCCGUUGCGUUCUGCUCGUGGUUCCCAUUUCUCUCGACCUUUCAAACACGUAUGAUGUUUAACCAAGCGUUUAGCCGUGGUCUAGAGAUCUCUCUCAUCCUCGCAGGAAACCAUCCUAAUUCAGACCUUUGA